UCCUCUGCUAUAGAGACAAUCUGCAGCCCUUUAAAGGUUCUUUAAACUUCCUUCUCCAAGGAAAAAUGGCUGUGCCUAUAAACCCAAUGGAUGAGCCCAGGGUGUACCAGCAGACUCUGCUCCAGGACGGUCUGUGUGAUCUGUUGGAGAAUGACAAGCUGGUUGACUGUGUGCUGAAGAUCAAAGACAAGGAGUUCCCCUGCCACCGUCUGGUGCUGUGUGCCUGCAGCUCAUAUUUUCGCUCUAUCUUUCUGUCUGAUCUGGAGGAGAGCAAAAAGAGAGAAAUUGUCCUGGAGGAUGUGGAGCCUGGUGUGAUGGGGCUGGUACUAAAGUACCUGUACACCUCCAAAAUCAAUGUGACAGAGCAGAAUGUCCAGGAUAUUUUUGCUGUUGCUAACAUGUACCAGAUUCCCUCAAUUUUCACCGUUUGUGUGUCUUUUCUGCAAAAGCGCCUGAGCCUCAGCAACUGCCUGGCUAUCUUCAGGCUCGGUUUGAUGCUAGACUGCCCCAGGUUGGCUGUCUCUGCCCGAAACUACGCCUGUGAGCGCUUCCAGUUUAUCUCCAAAGAUGAGGACUUUCUUCAGCUUCUUCCUAAUGAGUUGGCAGCCAUUUUAACAAAUGACAGUCUGAAUGUAGAGGCAGAGGAGACAGUGUUUGAGGCUUUGAUGAAUUGGGUUUCCCGGGACACUGAGAACAGAGAGAAAGAACUUCCAGGUUUGUUGGACUGUGUUCGUUUGCGUCUUGUCACUGAUGAUUAUCUGAAGGAAAAAGUGGAGAAACACAAAUUGAUUUCAUCCAAUCCUGAGCUCCAGCAGAAACUCCAGCUGGUCAAGGAUGCGCGUGCUGGCAAAAUGCCCGAGGUUAGAAAAGGCAAAACCAAGAAGGACGAUGGUGGAGCUGAAAAAGACGGAGAAAAUGAAAACAAUGAGGAAGAAGAAAGUCUUCUCCCAAGCAUUCUCAAUGAUAAUCUGAGAUUUGGGAUGUUUGUCAGAGACGUAAUACUGAUGGUGAGUGAUACAGGUGCCGUGGCCUACGACCCUUCAGGGAAUGACUGCUUUGUAGCCUCACUCUCCACACAGAUACCCAAGAACCAUGCCAGUUUGGUCACUAAGGAGAACCAGGUCUUUGUGGCUGGAGGAUUAUUCUUUGAUGAACAGAACAAGGAUGAGCCACUGUGCUCUUACUUCCUACAGUAUGACCCCGUCAGUGCCGACUGGCUUGGGAUGCCUCCCCUCCCGUCUCCCCGCUUCUUGUUUGGUCUGGCCGAGGCCGAAAACUCCAUCUUCGUGUUGGGGGGAAAGGAGCUGAAAGAGCAGGAGUGCACCCUGGAUUCAGUUUUGGUCUAUGACAGACAAUCCUUUAAAUGGGGUGAGUCAGAGUCUGUUCCUUACCCUGUCUAUGGACACGCAACAGUAUCGCACAAUGAUGUUGUGUAUGUGAUCGGAGGAAAAGGAGAAAACAAGAGCUGUCUGAAGAAGAUGUUUGCAUAUGAUGCCAAGAGAUUUGAUUGGAAGGAGCUUGCUCCCAUGCAGACUGCACGCUCCUUAUUCGGAGCUGCUGUUCAUAACGGUAAAAUAUACGUGGCAGCAGGAGUGACUGACAACGGCCUGACAGACUCCAUUGAGGUGUACGACAUUGCAACCAACAAGUGGUCAGACUUUCUGCCGUUUCCUCAUGAGCGUAGCUCUCUGAAUCUUGUAUCCUUGGCUGGAUCCCUCUAUGGCGUCGGAGGUUUUGCCAUGAUGCCUUUAGAGGACAGCGACGAGUUCGUUCCCAAAGAGAUGAAUGAUAUUUGGAGGUACAAUGAAGCAGAGAGACAGUGGAAUGGGAUCCUCAAAGAGAUCCAAUAUGCAUCAGGGGCCACAAUUUUGGGGGUCCGUUUGAACACCCUACGUCUCACCAAGAUGUGAUGCUGCUUCCAGUUCCCGUUUGUCAAUGGAAAUCUGUCUGAAUUAACCGCAGCACAGUACUGUUUUAUAGGACUUUUAAGACAGAUUUAUAAUCACAAAUAUCAAGCUUCAUCCUUUUAUAUUUAUUUUACGCAGUGCUGUAACUUUUGUAAUGCUUACUAUCGACAGUUUUCUUUUGUGAUGAAAUUUUUAUAAAGAUGUUGUGAAACCUAACCAUUUGUCAACCAACAGUUUUGCACUGAAAUAAAUCAAUAAAAAUUCUGAAAAGCGAUAAAA